AUGAAAAAUAUACAGAAUGAUUCUAAAAGCCAGUCGGUUGUCAUUGAGUUGAAUGGUGCAUCCAUGCCACUUCUACAAAAGGCUGAGAAUCCUUCUGACGUUUCACUUCCUGUGCCAGUGACAAUCAUCAAUGAAGUUCCAGAAAAUUAUACUGUUGCCCACUCCAAUACAGAAGAAGAAGAAAAAAUGUUUUCCAAAAUAGAAACUAAUGAAAAUAUUCCAGUUAAAUUGAUUGAUCUAGUUAAAUUGAUUAACAUAAAUAAAAAUAUUGAAUCUGUCAAAUUGAAAGGUGCAUCAGCAAAAAACCCUGAUGAGAAAGAAUCUGACUCAAUACAAUCUCCAUGGCGUCAUUGUAUUAACAACAGAAUUAAAAACUAUCACCCCAAAACUGGCCUGACAACUUUUAAAGUGGUUCCUCCCAAACCCAGAAUAAGAGAUUUUGAUAGAAAUGAAUCUCUUUACACUGGUGCCAUUAAAAUAGAUGAGUUAGGUAACCUAGUGACUCCAAAUAGUAACGGUGCUAGAAAAAUUAUAGUAAAUGCAACAUCAAAAGAAACUCUUUUUGGCAGAGGUAAAGAAUAUAAAAGGUCAAAUUCUAUGGAAAAGCAAACUGAACAAUUACCAAUAGACCAUUCUGUUGAAAUGCCCCAAAGAAAAUCAUCUAAUGAUUAUUUAACCACAACUGUUGCCAAUAGCAAUGAUCUGACCCAGUUUAAAACUAUCCAAGGAAAGCACUCCCAUGUGAAAUCAAGCAAUAUACCAUCAGCAGUGAAUGUUAACCAAACAACUUUAAAAAAAGAUGAGAAACUUGACAAUGCAGAGAAUAAACUGUGUUCUAACAGAAUAGAGGACAACAUCUACAAUAUUUUUGGGGCAAAGAAGAAGUUUAAACCAGUCAUCCAGAAGUCAGUUCCAAAAGAUACAUCACUACAUAGUGCAUUAAUGGAAGCCAUUCAAAAUACAGGAGGAAAAGACAAGCUUCGAAAGGUGAAUGCUAUUUCUGUGAACUUGGAAGGGGAUGCAGAGGAAUGUUUGGUAUCCUUAUAUGAUGAGGUGGCCUCAGAGUUCCAUGAUGUGGAUGCCUUCAUGCAAGAGCUACGGAAUCAGUUUGAAGAUCCCACCAAGGCAAGGAAGGCAGAUGUGAGAAUCUGGACAAUCAAGCAAGAGAAGCGAGUAAUUGCUGAUUACAUUAGGGAUUUUUGUAGCGUGGUGGCCACUUAA